UUGGCUAAGAUUGUAUUUACAACUUAUCAAUUUGAUGCUAAUGUAAAAGUAAUCGUUAUGUCUCAAUCCAGAGGAGAUCGCAAAAAUCGUGGAAGACAUCGCUGCAAUAAGAAGAUUAACAUUGGUGACAAGAGGAAAGAAGUUGUGGAAAGUAUAGAUGAAAAUAAUUUGAUCUUAAAACAGUUUCAAGCAUAUGCGAUUGAAUUAGAUGAUAAACACGAUCGUUUUGAAAGAAUUGUCAAAAUUAACAGAGAUAUUAAUAUAGAGAGUAAAAGGAUUAUUUUUCUUUUACAUACCUUAGAUAAAAAAAAUAAACAAGAUAGUAUAUUAUAUGAAGCUGAAUCGAGACUACAGAAUGUCGCGCAAAAUCUUUUUAAAGGUAUUGCACAAGAAUUAGAAAAUCAUUGUCCAUAUCUUUAUUCUAAUGCUUAUCAUGCUGGUUUGGAAGAAUACAUAGAAGCUGUUACAUUUUAUCAAUAUUUAAAUAACUGUGAUGUGGGAAAUUUGGAGGAGAUACAAAAAGCACUUACCUAUACAAUUCCUGAAAAGUCUGAAAUUAAAACCAUAGAAAUUUUAAUUACUCCUUUUAAAUAUGUCUUGGGCAUUGCUGAUUUGACCGGAGAGUUAAUGCGUCAAUGUAUCAAUAACUUGGGAACUGGUGAUAGAGUUAGUUGUUAUGAAACAUGCAAUUUUGUUAGAUGUAUGUAUAAGGGUUUCCUUGGUUGUGGACAUAUGUCACAUAGAGGUAUAAACAGAAAAAUUUUUACACUUAAACAAAGUCUUCAUAAAAUAGAAAAUGUUUGUUACACGAUUAAAGUACGGGGUUCAGAAAUACCAAACCUUUCGCUUGUAGAUGUAGCUACUGAAGAGGAAAAUGAUGAAAGAUAUAAAAAUUAUUAAAGAUUUAUAAAUAUUGAAAAAUGCGUCGGUACUGAAUUUGGAGAUAGUCACAAAUUGUAGGCGUUUGGAUGUCAGAAUCUUCAAUAAUUACUACCCACUAAUAAUUAUAUACUAUAAUUACUAGUUACUAUACUA